AUGUUCGAAUUGCUGAUUACCAUACUGUUGGGGUUAUUGGCAGUGUUCUGUAUCGCCGUUUUAACCUAUCCAUUUCUGUUCCGCGAUCUGCCCGAGGUUUUGCUGGGCUUGCGGAUUUACAUUAGCGUAUUUCUCCGCCAAAAACAAGACUUCACGAUCGUUGACGACAUCCUGCAGAUCGCCCACAGUCGGCAAUUCUCAGCAAAGCCGUGCAUCCUGUACCAGAGUGAAUCAUACAGUUACGCCGACUUCGACUACCUGUCGAACCAGUUCGCCAAUUUCGUGAGACGGCACAGCGGUCUGAAAUGUGGAGACACCGUAGCGUUGUUUAUGUACAACGAACCGGCGUUUCUGUGGACGUGGCUGGGCUUUGCAAAGUUGGGUAUUUCGUGUGCUUUUCUCAAUUACAACAUCAGGUCGAAAUCUUUACAACACUGCCUUGAUGUUAGCAAUGCGAAGGUACUUGUCGUGGGCAAAGAUGAGUAUAGUGUUUCGGUGAUAUGUGUUGCUUUAACAGAGAGAGAACUGAGGGACGCGAUCUUGGAAAUAGAUAGUGUCGACGUCAAACUUUGGAUGAAAGGAACGCCCUCUACCGACCAGACAAGUGAGGGUGUCCACUGGAUUGACAGUGACGUGUCUAAGGCGUCAUUUGACGCAAUUCCUAGAUAUCUGAGAAGAGUCAAACGCAAGGAUGUGUGUCUGUACAUCUAUACUUCGGGAACAACAGGUCUGCCAAAGCCAGCAAAGAUAUCUUACGAACGACUGACUUUGAUCGUACAUGUUCUAGAUUCAUUUUACAUCACACACAAAGACGUUGUGUACACGCCUCUGCCUUUGUACCACAGUUCAGCUUUUCUCAUCACGUUUUCAGGCAUUGUCACAAGAGGUGCAACACUGGCGUUAAGUAAAAAGUUUUCCGCCACCCAUUACUGGCAGGACUGUCGUAAAUUUGACGCAACCGUGAUCGUGUAUAUUGGCGAGACAUGUCGUUACCUCCUAGCCAAGCCACAGAACCUGGAUGAGACUAAUCAUAAACUGCGCAUGGCUAUCGGCAAUGGUCUUCGGCCCGAUAUAUGGACUGAGUUCAAGAACAGAUUCAAUAUUCCAGUUAUUGGAGAAUUUUAUGGCGCCACAGAAGGGAACGUUUUCUUCCGUAACAUGGAUGGCAGAGUUGGUGCCGUUGGACGAAUGUCGCCGUUACUAAAGCUCUUAAGGAAGUUCGAUAUUAUUGAAUUCGACUACGAAUCGUCACUUCCUGUCAGAGGUCCGGACGGAAGAUGUGUCAGAGUGCCACUGGGCGAGCAAGGCCUGUUGAUAACGCGUAUUGACAAACUGGCUGUCUUCGAUGGGUAUGCUGGGGAAAAGUCCAAUACACAGAAGAAGAUACUGGAAAACGUCUUUGUACAAGGUGACCGGUAUUUCAACAGUGGUGACAUAAUGGUUCUGGAUAGCGGAUAUUAUUUGUACUUCCGCGACUGUAUUGGAGACACGUUCAGGUGGAAAGGUGAGAAUGUGGCGACAACUGAAGUGGCUCAGGUUCUUGGAGAAUACCCCGCCAUCAAAGAAGCAAAUGUUUAUGGCGUUGAAGUACAGGGUAACGUGGAUGGAAAGGCCGGGAUGGCUGCCAUAACGAUCAAAGAUGGCGCCCAAAUGGACCCCAGUGACUUGUUCUCCCACGUGACUAGUUAUUUACCAAUGUACGCAUGUCCUAAAUUUAUUAGGAUAAUGGAGGAAAUAGAAGUCACCGGCACGUACAAACACACCAAAUUACAACUGGUGAAAGACGGAUUCGAUCCUGCGUCUAUCAAACAACCAAUGUUAUUUAUGAAUUUUGACAAGAAAACCUACGUUGAUUUAGACAGCUGUGUUCGCACAGCGAUGGGUUCGAUAUGGGUCCCAUGCGACUAG